CAAUUUUCUGACUGACUAGCUUUGUUAUACUCAAACAUUUUUCCAUUUUCCUUCUCAUCGUGCGGUGCUCCGUAAACCAAAUUUUAUUCGAAAGAGAUGACUAAUUUGUCCGCAGGAUCAAAGCGGGUUUGGGAUGGAUACGACAGCGAGUCUCGUAAGAGGCCUCGGGAUAGGGAAGAACCCAGGGAUUGGCGAGAUGUACACUUGAAGUCACCGCGAAGAAAGACUGAGAGUAGGAGGGACAGCACUGAUAGGCGUGAUUCGGGGCAUGGACGACCAAGAGACUACGAUCAGAGAAAAUAUGGCGACAACAACAGAGAAAAGGACAAACGGGACGACCGAGAACGAGAUAGCCGCUCUAGAAGAGAUCAUGAAUCAAAAGACGACCGUCGCAAGCGCAGCUCACCAUCUACCCGUGAUCGACGAUCUCCCACUUCCAGCAACGGGCAUGCUCAUCAGGCGAUACAGGACUCUGAAAAAGAGGAAGGCGAGAUUUCACCGCGAUCAAGUCCGCAUUCUGUACCGCCCGCAAGCAUUCCAUCACCAACCCCUCAGCUUUCACCUAGACCUGAGCCUGCGAUAGAAAUGGAACUAGAUUUACAUGUGUCGCCUCCGCCUGUAGAAGCUGCACUUGCAGCACGUCGUGCAAGACGGCAAGCCAUUCUCGCAAAACAUGGCAUCGCCGGCGUGGAGCAGAGCGCCAGUCCCACCCCUGGACCUAGUAGUGCGGUCCAGCCGCCUAAGCCUGUUACAUCUAUAUCUAAUACAAUAUCUCAGACCCACAGCGUAUCCGAUAUUCCUGGAGUCUCGGGAAUCAAUUCUGUGAAAUCCAAAGAUGGCUUAUCUUUUAAACGAGAUUCUGCUUCUGCUUCACCCACUCCUGCUGCCUUCGAGCUAGCUAAAGAUGGUGAGGAGGAAGACGUACGAGCAAAGGUCCAAGCUCAAGAUGGCACUGCGGAGCAAAUAUCUGCCGCUGACUAUGAUCCAAGUUUGGAUCGUCGUGAAGACGAACAAAGGCGAGUUCUCAAGGAUGAGCCUAUCGCUGUUGACGCCGAAAUCAUCGAAGAAGAUGAGGAGGAAGAAGACGAUGUUGAUGAUAUGUUUGCAGUCGCUGCCACCGACAAGAAGGAGAAGAAGACGAAGAAAGUCCAGAAAGUUGUUAAGCCUAUUGUUCCUGCUUUGAUCACGACGACAUUGGAUUCUGCUGCGGAUCCAGAGGGCUAUUACCAAGUAAUCCUCGGUGAGCAACUUGACGGCCGCUAUCAGGUCUUUUCUUCUCUUGGUAAAGGGAUGUUCGCGAAUGUGGUUCGCGCUCGAGUUAUACAGUCGGAAGUUGGUGAAGCUGGAAAAGAAGUGGCGAUCAAAAUUGUGAGAUGUCAAGAAUCAAUGUAUCGAGCAGGGCUGAAGGAGGUACAAAUUCUCCAUAAACUUAAACAAGCAGAUCCAGAAGAUAAGAAACAUAUUGUCCGCCUUGAAAGAACAUUCGAACACAGAGGACAUCUGUGUAUGGUUUUCGAAUCCCUGAGUAUGAAUCUUCGAGACGUAGUAAAAAGGUUUGGAAAGGACGUAGGCCUCAACAUCAAAGCUGUACGGGCUUAUACUCACCAAUUGUUCUUGGCCUUGAGCUUGCUUAAGAAGGCGAACAUCAUGCAUGCGGAUAUCAAACCCGAUAAUAUUCUGGUUAAUGAACAGAAAACCGUUAUCAAAUUAUGUGAUCUUGGCUCCGCUUCCGAUGCCUCCGAGAACGACAUCACCCCUUACCUCGUGAGCCGUUUCUAUCGAGCGCCAGAAAUUAUACUUGGUGUGCCUUACGACCCAUCACUCGAUAUAUGGUCGAUUGGAUGCACCCUAUAUGAACUUUACACAGGCAGAAUUCUUUUCCCUGGCAGGUCCAACAAUCAAAUGCUCCUGCUCAUGAUGGAACUGAAAGGGAGGUUCAACUCAAAGAUGAUUAAGAAAGCCAAGUUUGGUGAUAUGUAUUUUGAUGAGAUGGGUGGCUUCGAUAGCGUCGAAAAAGAUCGUGUGACUGGAUCUGAUGUCGUUCGCAAAGUUCACAUCUCCAAGCCUAGCCGGGACCUGCGUUCCCGGUUGAUGCCCCCAGCAUCAGUGAAGCUCAAAGACGAUGAAAGCAAGCUACUCGCUUCCUUCAUUGAUUUGUUAGAUAAGUGCCUUGCUCUGGAUCCUGCACGGAGAAUCACACCCAGAGAAGCAUUGGUGCAUCCUUUUAUAAGAGGCUAGUUGUUCUUAUCGCUGAACCAUUGUAUUAUUUUCCCGUAGCAUCCGUGUAGAUAUAUAUAUAUCGAUGUACUUACGGCCCCGAACAUUUUAUCUCCACGCUUUUU